AUGGCCACCCUUCUCCUCCCUCUCCUCGUCCUCGUCCUGCUCUUCCUCCCGCUCUACGUAAUCUACAAACCGCCCUCCCCCCUCCUGCGCUACCUCUCCUACCGUUGGUCCGACGUGCUCUUCCGCGUCUGGCUGCCGCCAUCCAAACCCCUGGUGGCACUCACCAUCGACGACUCGCCCUCGGACCACACCCGCGCCAUCCUGUCGGCUCUUCGCGACUCGGACGCCCACGCGACCUUUUUCGUCAUCGGCUCCCAGGUCGCCGGGCGCGAGGACGUGCUGCGCGACAUUGUCCGCGCGGGUCACGAGCUCGCCAACCAUGGCAUGCGCGACGAGCCCGCGACGGCGCUGACGACGGACGAGCUCGAGGGCCAGAUCCGCACCACGCAGGAGAUGAUUGACGCCGCGUAUCUCGCCUGGGGCAGAAAGCCGCCUGCGCCGGGCCACCACCUUAGGGGGGCAAGGUACUAUCGCCCCGGCUCGGGGUUCUUCAGCGACCGGAUCAGGGGUGUGGCCAGGAAGCUGGGGUAUCGGGUCGUGCUGGGGAGCAUAUACCCGCAUGACGCGCAAAUUGGCUGGGCAUGGCUCAAUGCGAAGCAUGUGUUGAGCAUGUUGAGUCCCGGGGGGAUCGUGAUUUGUCAUGAUCGGCGGAGUUGGACCGAGCCAAUGCUGCGGAGGGUACUGCCGGAGAUGAAGAAGAGGGGGUAUCAAGCCGUGACGCUGACAGAGCUAUUGGCCGAGGUUACUGGGUGA